GUGACAGGGAGAUUGAUGGGCCUCGGACGUCCGUACAUUCCACUAGUCGGGCCCGGGACUGCACCCCCACCUGGCCACACUAGGCAGGAAGUUUAGCCGUGAGAGGGCGCUGCUAUUUUAUGACGUCGAUGACGUAACAACCACAAUCCUAUACCAGUAUCGGACAUAUACGACCUGUUGGAGUCAACUUUCAAUGCCGGAUUCACGGUAGAUAUGCUUGAUUAUAUGAUGAAAACACGUACUGCGUUGAUUUGGAGCCUCCUGGUGUGUACCCUGGUGGCAGUGGCGAGCCAAGGACCUGAGGAGCCUUCGGAACCAGGUCUCGCAAUAUCUGGGCAUCCUUCUGCACGUCUGUGUAACCAAAUGUGUCGACAGAAGCCAGCUGUGGACAAGUGCCAGUGUUCGUCCAAAGCAGGAUUGCCUUCGAAUCCUUGCCAGAACAAAAAGUGUCGAUUUGGGACCCGAUGCACCGCCUUCGGGAGCAGGCCUGUUUGUCUCCCAAUGCCGAAAGCGUGUUUGCUCCCCCAGAUGAGAGGUCUUUGCACAGGCACAGUCAUCCGCUACUACUUCAACCACCGAUCCGGCAACUGCGAACCUUUUGUCUUCGGAGGCUGCAGCCCUAAUGCCAAUAACUUCAUUAGCAUACGGCUAUGUCAAAAGAUUUGUAUGAUGAUACAAGGCUGAAGAUGAACCAUAAAAGGGACCUACAUUUUAGACAUCAUCAUCGGCAUCAUCAUCGCAUCGUCAUCAUCAUCGUUAUCAUCAUCAUCAUCAUCCUAUGUUAUUUGAACAUUGGUGAAGCUCUGUCAACAUAACAUUUUAUUUAAGGUCAUUCAUACAAUCACCCAUCCUCGAUUAUCCAGGUAAUUAUAUCCUAUUCUAUUCUAUUCUGAUAAAUAACCUGGACCAAUUCGCAACAAUAUUUGAAUCCGAAACGACGCUAAAAUAGCAGAACAGUGAAACUAGCUUCUGUUUUUUUUUUUGUUCGUUGUCGGAUCUUCACGGGUCGAGAGCGAUUAUGUGCAAAGUUCCGAUAGGAGCUAUGUGAAAGUGACGUCACUUUAAAAAGAAAGCCAACAUAUUUAUCAUAAAAGAAUAGGAAUAUAAUACACUGUUUAAUCCAGGACGUUUUAUCACCGAACUCAACUGUUUUUGAUCGCGUUUAAUCUAACAAUGGGUAGUUACCUUAACUGCAGAGUACCGGAAUACCAUUUUGACACAGGGCAUUUGUGCCAUCGUCUAGAACACGGCACCAAAACAAUAGACCUCGAUACAUUACAUCAUAAAAGGAUUGCGAGCGAGAAAUAAGUGCCUAGAAAGCGAGUGUCUCUUGCUUGCAUUAAUAAAAUGAUAAGCUUCUCUGAAAAUGUUGGAGUCAUUUUUUAUGCCAGGGUCAUUGAGCUAGAAACAAUGCCAUGAAAUGAAAGUCAAUUAUACGACAAAGCAUUCCCCCAACACCGCCGUUUCCCCAUCGAUAAGGAUGUUCUGUGAUCGAAAACAAUAGAUUUCAUCACAGUUGAAACAUGCGUAUGAUAACCGUGCGAAGCUAAAACACCUUUAACGAUGGUCCGGUGACACGGGUAUUAUACAGAGUUAUGUCCCUUUGACGUGCAAGAAUCCUAUUAUAGUAUGUCCGAAUCCCGGUUCGCGCUGAUUAUGUUUCUAGUUUAGUCAGCACCAUACUUCUACUUGUUGUUUUGACCAAAGUGGUAAACAUCCAAAACGUUUAUCGCUACGGGCUCUUCUCCCACACCAAGCUGUCACGUUGUUAAUAACUGAAACACUGAAAUCAUUCGUUUAAAAGAGGAUCUGUUUUCACCUUAUUCUAUCCCCGCGAAUAGCUGCAAAAUUGCUGAUACGGGUUAAGCAAUUAUCACUCACUCCAUCCUGCAUCCAGAUGGUGUAAUUAAUGUCAUGACCGAACUGUAGAUAGUUAGUAAGUGGACUCACUGCUACAUGAAUCUACACUAUACAGUUGGCGUUAGUAGAUACAUAUGAUAGCGUUUUGACAUCUUGAAUCAAACUUGAAUGGACUGUCAAUCAGGCCCGGCAAAGACCCCCUUUAACUGGAACGUUCUUAUUGAAACAAGCGCAGCAUUAGACCAGGAUCUGCUCGAUACCUGAUUAUGAAUUAAGAAGAAUGUUAGAGGACGGUACUAUGUUAAUAUUGGGAAGUAUCCAUAUAUAUCACAGGGUGUACAUAUUAGUUUGUAAAUAACAGCGAUAAACGUCGAUUGUACGAUUCCGACUAUACCAAGAGCUGAUAAGCCGUGGUACCAGUAACUGAAAUACUGCAUAAACACAACCCUCCCUUAAACGAUUUUUCUCAUCCAUGGUUUCCUUACAAUAUAGACGGUUACCUUGACAUGUCUUCAGGUUUUAGUGUAUAUACGUAUGUUUAUUUAUAAAGCAGCCAUUUGGAAGCAUAAAAUUGCUUUGAAAAAUGUAUCUAUGUUCUUAUGAAACUAUAUAUUUGUCAUUUAAUAAAACAAUACAAUUUAUGUUUUGAAAAUA